CCUAAUCUAGCAAAAAAAAAUCCAAAAACAAAAGUCCAACCGAAUUUUAAAAAACAGCUUACACUAAUAUUGCAUCUCAGGUGUAACCUUAUGAACAAAUAAUAUCCUCAGAAAUCCUAAAUAAUUUCAUUUCAAAUCAAUAUUCUAUUCAAUUCAAUUCAAUUUAAUUAAUAAUUUUUGUUCUUUUAUGGAUUUCUUCAGAUCAAUACUAACAGAGGAUGAUCCAGAAUCCAUAUCCAAUAACCAACAAUCCGAUACACAAGAAGAAGAAGAAUAUUACGACGACGACGAUACAAAUUCAAACGUCAAUUCAUCGGAAGACGGAAGCACCACCACCACCGCCGGCGGCGGUUUAUGGAGCUUCGGAGAUAUCGUAAAUACAUUAACAUCAAAAUCCGAAUCCGUAUUCGAAACUUACCGCCGAGAUUUGAAGGAAUUCGGAUCCGGUUUACGUAAGGAAUCCGAUUUGUUCCGUGAAGUUGCUAGCCGCGCCGUUAAGGAGCUGCCGGACGUCGGAACUUCCGUUAUCAAAACGACGUCGGAGAUUAUUUCGCAAGGUAAGGAAGCUUUACUUAUUUCAUCUGAUGAUGAUUCCGAUAGAUAUAGAUAUAGAGAUAGAUAUAAUUAUAAAAAUAAUGAAAAAAAUAAUAUAAAUAGAUAUAGUAGAUUUGAUGUACAAUUGAGUAUGAUAAGGAGUGAUGAGAGGACUUAUUUGGAUGAGCCGGAGGAUAUAGAGGAAUAUAAAAAGUGGAAGUUAGGGUUUGUGGUUGGAGAAAUGAGAGAUGAGAUUGAGAGAUUGGUUAGUGAUAAGGGCGGAGUCGGAGGAGUUUACGAGAGAGUCGUUCCGGAUAAAGUUGACGAUGGAACGUUUUGGUUUAGGUAUUUUUAUAAGGUGUAUAACCUUAGAAUGCAAGAGGAUGUGCGAGCUAGGUUGGUGAAGAGGUCGUUGUCGGUUGAUGAUGAGGAGGAGUUGAGUUGGGACGUUGAUGAUGAUGACGAGGUGGAUGAGGAAGGAGAACAAAGUAGUCAGGCGAAGUUGAGUACAUCGAGAGGCGAAGAUUUGCAGAGUGUUGGAAAGACGGAGAGUCGUGAUGAUAAACUGAAAAGUGAGAGUUUGAAGAAUGUUGGUGAGGGGAAUGAGGUGAAUAGUAAUGUGGAGGGGUUGAAUGUGAGUGGUGGAAAUGUGACUAGUGCUGAGAAAGGUGAACAAGUUUCGAAUAUGGAUGAAAAGGUUGAUAAUAAAGUGGAUGAUAGUAAAGUUGUGGUUAAGUCGGACCGGUCUUUUUUUCAGGAAGAUGAGGAUCUUGAGUGGGAUGAGAUUGAAGAUCUUGGGGAUAAUGAUGACAAGAAAGUCUCUCAUGGUGAGACUACGGACAAAGUUGAGUUACGUAAACGGUUGAGUACUGCUGCAGACGACGAGGAUUUGAGUUGGGAUAUUGAAGAUGAUGAUGGCGAACCUGAAAAUGCAGGUACCAAGUGAUAGGUAACAAAAUGUUAUAUUACUUAAGGUGUCCUGCGCUGUGUUUAUCUGUUAUAGAUUUGUUGUAAUUGUUUCUACUUUUGAGUUUUGUCCGUCAAAUGUAUCACCGGUCAUUUUAGUAAUCAGGCGUUUUUAUGCGAAUUACAAUCAAUUCUUGUUUAAAGUUU